GUUAUUGCUCCAAAUGUGAUAUCCAAAUUAUCCCAAUUGGAAGAACUUUAUUUAAAGAAUUGCCCUAUUCAGUGGAAGAUUGAAGUACUCAAGGAAUUGAAGUUUUUGUCUAGCCUCACUAGCUUAGAAUUGGAUGUUAAAGAUGACAAGGUUUUGCCUAAAGACUUGUUUUCCAAAGAGCUUAUAAGGUACAAAGUAUCAGAGGGAAAUUGGCAAUUCCCAAAUCUAAUAAUCAGUGAAUAUGAGUGUUUGAGAAUAUUGAAAUUGGUAUUCAACGUUUCCAACUACUUGGAAGAAUUAUGUGGAAUCAAGAAUGUUGAAAUCUUAUGCUUAGCCGAAUAUUUAGAUGAUCGUGGGCAUCCAAAAUUCAGUUUGCAGUCCAAUGAAAUCACACCGCUUUUUAACAAAAAGUUUAUCUUUCCUGAUUUAAUGGUCUUGGUGUUGAAGAAUAUUAUUUCUAGAAAGAUUUGGGACAGCCAACUUCCAUCUACCUCCUUUCAAAAUUUGAAACAAUUGAUAUUGUGGAGAUGUGCAAAGAUAAAAUUUGUGUUUCCUUAUGCCAUAACCAAAAACCUCCAGCAACUCCAAUAUCUUGAGAUAAAGGAUUGUAUUGAUUUAGAGGAAAUUGUUGCUACAGAAGAAAUAGCAGAAGCAGCUGCCAGUGUUGUCUUUCCUCAAGUAACCAUUUGGAAGCUUGAAAAUCUACCGGAACUUGCAACUUUUUAUCCUGGAAUACAUACUUUGGAAUGGCCAAAGUUGAAAAGGUUGGAGAUGAAAAGUUGUAACAAAUUUAAGAUAUUCAAUUCAGAGCCAAAUUCUUUGUGCUUGGACCAUAAGGUUCACUUUCGUGACUUAGAGGUCUUAGAAUUGGAGAAUAUUAGUUUUGAAAAGAUUUGGGACAAUUGACUUUCAACUUCUUCUUAUCAAAAUUUGACACACUUGAUCUUAUUUGAAUGUGAUAAAAUAAAAUAUGUGUUUCCUUUGUCAAUAGCCAAAAGCCUCCAACAACUCCAAUACCUUGAGUUAAAGAAUUGUAAGGUUUAGAGAGAAUUGUU